AUGGCUAACAUAACCACAGGAUACCGAGCGCGAACCUUCACCUUCCAACUCACCCCAGAGUUCUUCCCACCCAAUACAGCAUUGGCAAAACUGAUCGACCGAAAGCUGGUUCUUUCGUACCGUAGCUUCUUGUUUCUCCAGGAAAACAACUUCUCUUUUGAAAAGACCUUCUUCCAGGGUGUCCCUUACCUUAGCCGUUCGGAGGGAGAACUGGCCAACAGUUUGUAUCCAACCAAGCCCCAGCAUGCGAACGCACCGGCCGAAGAUAGCCCGCCUCAAAAGUCGUGGGACAGCGAAUAUAGAAAACGGCAUCAUUCCGUCGUGAGGCAGACCGGCAAGCCCAUCAACAUACCCCUAGCCCCACACCCUAGGCUAACACCCAACCCAGGAUUCCGCUACAUCAUUGAAGCCCUCAUCGGCGGCUCCUUCGCCGACGCCCUCGACCCAGAGCUACUCCUCGACAACAACCACCUCCCACCCACCACCGCCUCCCAACUCCGCCAAAACCUCCACCUCUACGAAGCCCGCCUCCGCGCCCACCGCCCCAUCCUCAUCGGCCACAACCCCUUCCUCGACCUCUGCUUCCUGCACGAGACCUUCCUCCAGCCCCUCCCCGCCGACGCCCUCGCCUUCCGCCGCGCCACGCACCGCUUCUUCCCGCGAAUCAUCGACACCAAGCACCUGGCCUGCCAGCUCGGCUGGAAACCGAGCCGCAACCUCGCACAGCUCUAUGCCGAUCUGGUCGGCAGGGGCUCCAGAAUUCACCCCAAACCUCAACAUCACCGUCACCACCACCACCAGCAGCCGCCGUCGCCACCACCCUUCUCUAUCAUCCCCGAGCCGGGGUUUGACCCCCGCGAGCGUGGCAUGGCCCACAGCGCAGGGUUCGACAGCUGGAUGACGGCGGUGGUGUUUGUGGUAUUGUCGGGGCGGGUUUUGACUACGGGGGAUGGUGGUGGUGGCGGUGUGGGAUCUUUGAUUCCGCCACCACCGCUGCGUGGGCUGCGUCGGGACGGGGGAAAAGGGAAGGGGGAUGAGUUGUUUCGGGAGCUCUGUCCGUUUGGUGGUGGUGGUGGUGGUGGUGGUGGUGGUGGUUUGAAGGGGGGUGGUGAGCGGCCGUCAUCGUCGUCGCAGUGGGAUGGGGAGAUUUGGAGGAGGUAUGGUAAUAAAUUGCGGAUGGGGGCUGUUGGGGUGAUGGAUCUGGCGCGGGAGGAGAGCUGA